AUGGGUUGCGGAGGAUCGAAGAUUGACAAUCAACCGCUGGUGAUUCUCUGUAGAGAGCGGAAGGAGCUGAUUAAGGCGGCGUCGCAUCAUCGCUCUGCUCUCGCCGUAGCUCACCUCGUUUACUUCCAGUCUCUCUGCGACGUCGGAGAAGCUAUUCGUCGUUUCGCCGACGAGGAUAUCUUAGUCGGUGGUUCUUCGUCUUCUGCUUCGCCGGAUUCUCCAGUUCUUACUCUUCCGUCAGACGAAGGCAAGCCGACGAAACACAAGAGGAUUUCGCCUUCUUCCACCUCGAUUUCUCAUUCCGUCAUCGAAGAAGAAGGAGAAUCGGAAGAAGAUACGGAGGAUUCGCAUUUGCAUCUCUCGUCCGGAUCUGAAUCUGAACCCGAAUCGGAAGCUGGAUCUGAUGAUCAUAUCCACAUUGUUUCCACUCCGGAACAAGAGCAAAACCGGUCAAGGGAGACAUUUUCUUCCGGUUAUCCACCUGCCUAUGCUCCACCGGGUUAUCCAACUGGAUAUGCUCCACCGGGUUACCCAUACGCGGCUGGAGGAUGGGGAUUCCCCGGUGAGAAUCCGAACGCGAAUCAAGGAAUGUAUUUCAUGAAGAAAUCCGCGCCUUCAUCUCGACCGUUCAUUUUUCAGCCGGAGAAUCACCGAGUAGAGCCGUCGGAUUCCGGAUUCCGAAACUCCGGUUAUCUCCCUAAUAAUCCUGGGUUUUCCGGUUACCCUCCUCCUCCUUCCGGGGAUUACAGCUCACGGAGAUCGCCGGCGCCGGCUCUUCCAUCGCCGCCGAGGGUUUCAACUUGGGAUUUCCUGAAUGUUUUUGAUACGUACGAUUACAGCAACGGCCGUUCACGUGGUGGUUCGAGCUACUAUCCGCCGGGAAUGGCGUCGAUCUCAAGCAGCCCCGAUUCGAAGGAAGUUAGAGAGAGGGAAGGGAUUCCCGAGCUGGAAGAAGAAUCAGAGCACGAAGUGAUCAAACAAGUCUAUCGUCGUCAUAAGAGAACAAGCUUGGAGAGGGUCAAAGAACACAGAGACGAGCCCAAGCACAACAACGUUUACAGAAGAGAGUCAGUGCCAAUGCCAGAAGAAAGAGCCACUGAGAGCUCCUUGGAUUCAGAUACAGUGUCUACUUUUUCAGGUAGUGAUGAAGACUCUGAGUUUCACUACGUUAACAAGAGCAGCAACAGUUCAAGCGGACAAGGGACGAUCAUGGGAACGAAGAGCUCUGGAGAAGUAGAAGAACAUUAUGGGAAGAGGAAACUCAGGAAAGGAGUGAGCUUUGAGUUGGAGGAAACAAGCACUUCCUCUUCUUUUGAUGUUGAAUCCUCCAAGAUAAGUAGCUUAUCCAGUUUGUCGAUCCAUGCCACUAGGGAUCUCAGAGAAGUUGUGAAGGAGAUCAAGAGUGAAUUCGAAGUUGCUUCUUCAUAUGGAAAGGAAGUUGGCGUGUUACUUGAUGUCAGCAAGUUGCCUUAUCUGCAUAAAAACAAUGGCUUUAAAGUUAUCUUGUCAAGGAUUAUGUAUCUAGUGGCACCAUCUACACGGUCGUCACGCUCUAAGCCUGAAGUAUCAAUACGUUUAACGUCAAGGACACUGAAAAUGGCGAAAGCAUAUAAUGGACAAGACGUUAAUGGAGGAGGUUUCAGUGGAAACCUCUCAUCAACCUUGGAGAAACUGUAUGCAUGGGAGAAGAAACUGUACAAGGAAGUCAAGGACGAAGAAAGGCUCCGUGCAAUGUAUGAAGAGAAGUGCAGGACACUGAAGAAAAUGGAUAGUCAUGGAGCAGAAACUAGCAAGAUCGACGCUACUCGAGCAUACAUCAGGAAGCUUCUGACGAAAAUCGACGUCUCUAUAAGAUCUAUUGAUUCCAUUUCCAGCAGAAUCCAUAAACUUAGAGAUGAAGAGUUGCAGCCACAACUCACACUGUUGAUCCAUGGGUUGAUAAGAAUGUGGAGAUCGAUGCUCAAGUGCCACCAGAAACAGUUCCAAGCGAUUAUGGAGAGCAAGGUCCGAUCUGUAAAGUCGAAAACCGUCUCACAGAAAGACUCUGGUGGUUCGGGAGCGAUUCUUGAUCUUGAGAUGGAGCUAAGAGAAUGGUGCAGCAGCUUCAACGGCUGGGUCAGCUCACAGAAACUAUACGUACAGUCUCUAAACGGAUGGCUCUCGCGGUGUCUUCACUACGAGCCUGAGUCAACCGAAGACGGAAUCGCUCCUUUCUCACCUAGUCGGAUCGGCGCACCGCCCAUCUUUAUCAUAUGCAAAGACUGGCAAGAAGCAAUGAGUAGAGUAUCCGGAGAGAACGUGAGCAGUGCGAUGCAAGGCUUCGCUUCGAGCUUGCACGAGCUAUGGGAGAAGCAAGAGGAAGAAGAACGAAGAGUAAAAGCAGAGUUUGAGCUACGAGACGCAGAGUCGGAUAAGAGAAGCGUGGUCUCGAGAGGUGGUAAGUCAGAGAGUGGGGUUUCGGUUUUGGAUGAUUUGAAAGUUGAUUUGGAUUCGAUGAGGAAGAAGCUUGCUGAGGAGAGAGGUAGGGGCAAAGAAAGUGUUAAACUUGUGAACAACGUUUCUUCGAGUAGCUUGAAAGCUGGUUUAGUUCCCAUUUUUGAUGCGUUGAGGAAGUUCACAGCGGAAUAUGUGAAAGCUCAUGAAAUUGUUAGGCUUCAACAUCCUCAGGCUUCUUCUUGA